AUGUCUACGACGAUUUCGAAUACCGCUCUCCGGCUGCUUGCGUCUGCUGUAACGGGCCUCGUUGCUCAUCAUGGCCUGUUCAUCCACGGCGAGUGGCACCUGAGCGUACCAAGCAUUGUCUUCGGUCAUGCAGCUCUCGCUUGCGCUGUAUGGUACUUUGUACCUCACGAGUCCGGCCACCUGGCGGAGCAUCUCCGCCUCUGUGGGUGGAUAUUCACGUCCUACCUUGGGUCUCUCUUCACCAGUAUAACGAUCUACCGGAUUUUCUUUCAUCGGCUGCGACACUUUCCAGGACCAAAGCUUGCAGCUGUCACUAAGUUUUGGCAUGUCUUUCAGGCUAGAAACUCGACCAACUAUCUGGUUCUUCAAGAUCUACACAAGAAGUAUGGGACUUUCAUAAGGACAGGCCCAAAUGAAAUCACCUGCUUCCAUACCGGAAUACUUGACCUACUCGACGGUGCACGAAAUAAAAAUACAAAGGACCAAUGGUAUGACGUGCUACAUCCCCGGGCCUCAGCCAUCUUCGCCUUCUCGACCAAAUCUAUUAACGAAUACGCACCACGACUAUUACAGCAGGUCUUGAAUCUGGCGCAGUGCAUUGCAGGAUAUGGCGAGAACCCGGUCAAAGUCAAUGAUGUCAUGUCGUGGUUCUCUUUCGACGCAAUGGGUGAAUUCGUGUUUGGCGAUGACUUUGGUAUGCUGCGGACUAGCGAGUGGCACCCUGCUGUUGCACGACAGCAACGUGCUCUUGCGUUACUGGCGCCUCUCAACGAUGCCAUCUGGGUGGUCUGCGCGGCCUUUGUCUUCGUACCCUUUCUAGGUAAAGUCAAGGAUUGGAUGGGGAUGGUGAAGUUCUGCGAUGAGCGUAUGAAUAAACGAAUGCAGUCCAGCGUCGAAAAACUCGACGUAGCUUCGUGGUUCAUCGACGAGUACAACCAGCUCAGCUCGAAGUGGAGCUUAAAGAGGCGCAAAAAUCUCUUGAGUGGCAACACGAUUUCCGCCAUUGUGGCAGGCAGCGACACAACCCGCGCCUCCCUAAUCGCCCUCUGGUACUUCAUGUGCAAGCACCCGCAACACGCGGAGAAAAUCGUCGCUGAACUUCGCAACGUCGACGAAACCGACUCCAACAAUCUCGCCAAACUACCCCACCUCAACGGUGUCGUCAAUGAGACCUUACGUCUUCUUCCACCCCAAAUGACCGGCGGAGGACGCAUGACCAGCGCAGAAGGCCUGUGGGUGGACGAUACUUGGAUCCCAGGGGACGUCAAAGUCACGGCGUCGAAAUACGUACUCUCGAGAUUGCCUGCGGCAUUCGAACAACCCAAUGACUUCAUCCCCGAGCGCUGGUAUUCUCGUCCGGAGCUGAUUCAUGACGAAAGAGCAUUCGCUCCCUUUAGCGUGGAACUCCGUCUCGUGGCCGCCGUCCUGCUCAAGCAAUUCAAGGUCCGCUUUGCCGACGGGCAUGAUCCUGAGACUCUAUGGCGCGAUUUGAGGGAUCAGGUCACGGCGCAGCCCGGGGAGUGUUGGUGUGUUUUCGAGCCGAGGGAGGCUGGAGCCUGA